UUGUAGGAAGGGGGGUCGAGUUGGGCUCAACAUGAACCUGCCGCUCUGACACUCCGGGCUGGGACAAGCAGGCAGCAGCCGGCCGGCCGCCCCCCGAGCAGCAGUCGCACAGGGGAACCUGCCUGGAGAGCUUUGACCACCAGUAACAAGUUUUUACCUGAGUGCUGAAGCGCUCAUGGCUGUCGCUUACGAUGCUGUCACCCAGCCGGGCCUGCUUUCCGAGCAGUACCCCCCACCCCUGCUGCCCAAGCCUGGAAAGGACAACGUUCGGCUUCAGAAGCUCGUCAAAAGAACCGCCAAGAAAAAGGCCUCCGCUCAGGCAUCGCAGCCUGCCGCGCUUUUCCGCUCCAACCUUUCCCCUGUGAACGAAGCAAGCCCUGACCUAGAGCACAGCGACCACUCCACCCCUCCCAGGACUCCAGAGACACCGUUCAGCCUCUUCAGUGUCCAGCAGCCUCCACGGUUCACCGUCAGGCCGCUGUAUCAACAUGUGGCGUCUCCUUACCCGCAGCGUGCAGCUUACGGCAGAGCAGCGAUGUUCUCACCUCAGACGGUGGCGCCCCAGUUGUACUCGCAGAACAUUACCACAGUUUCUUCAUAUUCUGCAGCGACCCACCUUUCUGGAGUCUCAUCAGCUCCAUGGCCAGUCGCCGAGGCGGCAGUGCCCAAAAUAUCUCUGCCAGCCUUUUCUGUACAUGAGGCAACAGUACCAGCUGCUGAUGUGAAAAAGCCAGCGUUUAACACAUUUGCUGAAAUGCAUGUUGGUCUUAGACCUGCUGCAGGUCCCACUCCUUAUCCAGCAACAGGGGGUCAAGCUGUGAUCCGUCCUCUCACUGUGUUGACCCCGCUCAUCAAAUGCAAAAGUCCACGUCCAACAUUCAAAGCAACUGAACGUUCAAGAUCGCCCAGACCGAUGUUUGAUGUCCCUCAAAUUAGGAUGUACACAGCGAGCACAUCCUUCUACGAGUCAUCCAGGACCCCACCGGUGUAUGACACAGCUGGAUUAACCGCUAUUGGCAGCACAGUACCUCAAAGUAAAACACCAGCAGAAACAAAACGAGAUUUGAGUCCAUCAUCUGAGGUCAGAAGAGGUACGACACCGACAGCUCAGCCUCCUUUACUGGGCACAGAUCCCCAGAGGAAAACACCAACUUCAGAAACUAAAAGAGGGACUACACCAACAGCAGAGAUUAAUACAAUUAUAACCCCAUCAUCCGAAUUCAAAAGGGCUACUCCAACUUCUGAAAUCAGAGUUAAAACACCAACUCCAGCAGUACGGCCUAGAACCCCGGCAUACAACAAGAGUCGGGCUACAACGCCCGUCUUUGAAGUCUCAAGACCUAAUCCUCUCUUGUUUGCCGUGUCGCCAAUCACAGAAGAGCCAGAGUCAAGAAUGCCCAAAACAGUUUCUGCUAUAAGCAGUUUGUCAGCUCCCCAAAGUGUGAAGACUAUUGAGCCCAAGCCUGCUGAAACGAUACCGAAUGGGGACAUUCAAUUGGACAUCACUCCUGCAUUUAAACCAAUUCAACAAAGCAUUAGUAAGUCAAAAUCCGAGCCUAAUCUGUUAAGAGAAACUGCUCCAGCUGGUUCUCAAAGACCGAAAACUCCAACAACUGAGCCAAAAACACCAGCAGUGACUUCUUACAGCAAUCAGAGGCCUAAGACUCCAACAUACGAAGCAUCCCGACUUAUGACCACAUCACCUGGCUUUAAAAGACCAAAGACCCCGACAUAUGGGCCAUCACCUGUAGGCUUUCAGAGACCUAAAACCCCAACCCAAGUGGCUCAAAAAUCAAAGUCUGGCUACCGUGGAUUGACACCGGCUGAAUAUACUGCUUACGGCGGAAUCAGAACUUACUCUCCAGCAUUUGGUAUCUCCGGUUCUAAGACGCAAACUGAAGAGGAGGUUAAAGCUACACAAGAGGAACCAGCAGAAUGUAAAACACAUUGCCAAGAGCCAUCUGUGAAGGGACAAGCAACGCCGGAGGUGUCUGAAGCCAAAGAAACUCCUAAAGACGUAGAUAAACCCCAUUUGAGAGAAGACAAAGUUGCCAUCACCCCUUCAAUCCCUAUUAUUGUUGUUUCACAAGCACCUGACACCUCAGGAACAACGUUAACACAAGAGACAAGUACGGUAUACACUCAUGUUGCAGCAAAACAAGGAAAAACGGUGAUUCAAGAACCACCAAAGGCUAAACCUCCAACAGCAGAGAGGAAAACUCCUGAGACACCAGUUCAAGAAGUCGCCAAACCAAAGAUAAAACCUCCCGAAGCCAAACAUCCAGUGCCCAAAGCUGGCGACCCUCUGAAGGCAGUAAAAAAACUUAUAGGCAAAGAUAAAGUCCAGAAAUCUGGAAGUGAGACGAAAGCUGACGUCUCAGAUCAAAAAGAGCGAGCGAAACCUGUAGCUACCACCAAAACUAAAGGCGAAUGCUCAAAGCCAAGCAUCGCAGCGCCCGCUCUGCCUGCUAAGGCGUCUGCAACAGGAAGUGAAGACAAAGGAAACGAUAAGAAAGCAGAAUCAGCUGCAUUUCAAUCUGCACCUGAGAAAAAGGCAGGCGAUGAAUCCCUCCCAGCCAAGCCCAUUCUUAAAGUCAUACAAAAACCAAAAGGAAUGAAAUCCAAACUAAGUGGUUGGUCCCGACUCAAGAAGCACAUGGUGGUGGAGCAGGAGGAGCCCAAAUUUCCAGAGAUAGGCCCCGAGAAGGAGGCCAUCGGGCCGGACCAGACCGAGGUGAAAAAGGUCGACGAGAAGGCCGUCGACAAACCUGACACUGAGGACGAGAACCAAACCAAAGACGCUCCCGCAGCAGCAAAGAUGUGGAACGCUGUCCUCUUCCAAAUGUUUAGCACUAAAGAGAACAUCAUGCACCAGAUCGAGCUAAACAAAAGCGAAGACAAGAAGCAGGAAGAGGGAAAGGAAGAGACGAAAGAUAUACCUUCAUUUGCGCACCGGCUGCCCUUGCUGCUGUUUAGUCCAAAGUUUGAUGCUAAAAGGCUUAAAGAGGCGGCGUCGAGGCCGGUGACGAAAAUAUCAACAGUUUUUGAAAUGGGUCUGAUUGGGCGUAAAGGUAAAGAAGAGGAACCAAAAGACUUUAACAGAACAGCGAGGGGGUUCGCUAAUAUAAUAUAAAUAUGAUAUAUAAGUGCCAAGACGAAAAUGUAAAGAAAAAAAAGUUAUGAUAUAUGUUUAAUGUACAGGUGCAUUAGUCUCUGUGUUAAGUGAAUGACGUUUGUGUUGUAGAAAAGUCAGCUUUGAACUUUAUACUUGACAAAUGCUUUGUGUUGCAUUUGUGUGACUGGAUGUUAAAUGUGUGUAUUUGUGGAUUAGCUGGAAAAGGAGAGAAAGCGACAUUUGUCUUAAUUCAGACGUCACUACAGAUUAAAGCGUUUAUGUUUUCAGUAAAAUCA